AAAUGACAGCUAUGCAAAAGUAAAAAAGAUCGACACUAGCUCUACUUUCAGUCUGGCACAACGGCUAGAGACGGUGAGAGCAAAACAAAAAGUUGGUAAUGGAGCGUUCCGCUUCAAAACCCCAUACCGCUCGUAAGUUAUCCCGCAAUGUUUUUGACGACGAUGAUUAUGUUCGAGCUUUUAUGUUGAGGAAGAGGAUGGCAAGCUCUAAAAUCAAGAAUUUACUUUCCGUAUUUGAGGAUGUAGAAUCGACAGGUGACUACAACGAAUCUGGCAGUACUGUCAAAAAGAAAGAACGUAUACCAGUGGAUAAACAGUGCCUAAAGAAGAAGAUUGAUGCCGCCAACAUGAUAGGAACAUCACGACCUAGGUGUGAACAUGGUUCCCCAUUAUCAAGUAAAUCUCACUUCAGCACUGAUGAGGAUGAUGAUAAACACGAUGACUUCGACUUUGACAUGUUAAAUGUUGUGCGGAGAGAGAACUCGGCAACAAGAGAUGAUGAAUAUUUUUCAAGGCGCCGUUCGCGAUCCGUACCGAAUUUAGCUGAACUUGGCAGCACACUGCCAAUGAAAAAUCUCAAAGGAUUAUUUCUUAGAGCACAAAAUAAAGAUACAAAACCACCGGAAAAUACCAGGAUGCAACGGGAGACGCCACGACCAGAUUUAUACACUGUGACAGUAAACAGUAAUGAUGAAGGUUCCCGAAAUCAGAGCAAAGCGUCGGUAACCGGCGAUACACGGAUACAUCGAAGCUCGGGAACUAUGAUCAUAAGAAAGAAGGAGAAAGACCAUCAACGUUUUUCAGAUUCGAUCACCACAACCUUGCCCCCGAGAAAGUUCUCCACAUUAAAAUUUAAGUUUGGUAAACAUCUGACGGUUGGACCAACACAGACUACUGGUACAACCUGCAAACGGUCCAAGUCAGCAGAGCAUUUACCAGAGUUCUUCCAGAAGUCGAAUAGCUUAACGAGAGAUAUCAUGACUAUCGAUAAUCGUGUCCAUCAACGUAGCUCUCGUAGACGAAACUUGUCAGGUCCAGGUUAUCUUGAGUUAUUAAACGUAUCCACCAUGGCUAACGAUACAGAGAGUACACUACACGAUCCAAUGGAACAAGAAAAAGCUACUGUGGAUUUGAUAGCUCUUUCACAAGAAGUAACCAAUUGGACCGAGAAAAACCUCAACGAAAACUCAGAUAAGCUCCAAAGAAUAGACCUUGAGAUAAAUCUACCAUCACCAACUUCGCCUACAUCACCUAAACCGACGAGAUCAAACUCUAAUCCAAAAUCACCUACGACAACAAAGGAACCUGAUUCAUCCCCACUAAAGGGUCGAAAAGAAGAAUUCCGUUGGUUUUCUAAGAAGAGAUUGGCAAGAGUUGGUAAUAUUCUAGACUCAGCACAGUUCAGUCUACCACAAUGGUUUCCUUCAUCUCCUAAGAGCAAGUUGCCGCCAAAAAGUCCAUUUUCAAAUAGAGUGUUUGCUUGGAAUUAUCUUCAAAGUCCAACUCAAGAAGAAAUUAAGAACUUUCGUAAUGAAAAUGAUUCAAAUCAGGACCAUAUAUCAGACAGGAAAGUAGAGGAAACGAAUGACCGCAAGAAAGCGCCACCUCAUUGUGAAGAGGCCUUGUAUGAAGCAAUAAGUCCCACAGUGUCGCCAAGUCAAAUUGUUGAUGAGAUUUUUAUCCAACCACCAUACAUACCUACAAUAAAGGUUAUUCCUGUUAAGUCGAAUCCCAGUUCAGACUCACAAAUGCAGCCUAACAUGAAACUGUUCCGGCGUGAUCGGGUCAUUGCUAGGCCCAAGAAACAUCCUCCUCCGUCACCCCUCAAGUUAAAGCCUGCAGUACCAAAGAAGCCAUCGUUUUUAAAGAAUCUAUCAAAACAUCAAAAUGGCAAUGCUUCCCCAUCAGAAUCUGGACAAAACGUCAAAAUGUUGACUCAGAAUUACGUAGGUAGACAUGCAUCUGUACCAGUUAACCCAAAGAAAAUGUCACCACCAAAUGUAAAAAACCUGCGGAGCAGGUUUGAAACUGGAAAUUUCAGUACAAAUGAAACUAAAGGGACCAGUCCAAAGACUUCUCCAGUUCCACACACAAAACCAACUUCAUUUCAAAAAGAUACCAGAUCUUCUGGAAAGGACACUCAUUUACCAGAUGUCAAACCAAAGCCGAAAAUUCAGGUGGAGCCAUAUUAUGAUGACCCAACAAAUGUUCAAAAGAGUGGUGAUAUUAGUGCCACUGAUAAUUCUUAUUGUGUUCCAUCACAUUCAACUGCACCAUAUGAUUCUGUUCCGUUGUCAGAGACGAAAACAGAAAAUACUCUCGGCCCAUAUGCUGUUGUGAACCUUGACCCUUCCAGUGAAACAGCAUCAAUUACUGUCAAUAAACGUCCAAGAAAACUGUCUCAAAGUCGUAGGAAAAUCUAUGAGAACAUUGCUGCAAAUAAGAAUGCGGGAGAAAUGAACGGUUCAAAUACCAGUGGAGAUUCUGGUUACAGCCCGAGGGAUUCAAAGAACUCGGAAUCUGCGGAUGAAUCAAAGUUCUCAGAUUCUGAUAUCGAUGACGGUCCAAUCGGUUGUGACUCGGAUUUUUCUGAUGAUGUUGACUCUUUGAUUGGUGAUGACGAAAACACUAUACCUACAAAUGCAAAUGAAGAAAAUUUUGAUAUUACAACCUUUACGAGUGACUACCAGAAAGUAGCGUAUGAAGUGCUGACCACUGAAAGGAAAUAUAUUGAUAAACUAUACCUGCUGGAUCAGGUGUUUCGUCUCAGGAUUGGCCAGUCCUUUCCAACAGAAGUUGUUCACCAAGUCUUCUCAAACAUCUCAAGUAUCUACAACUUCCACAAAGAUUUUCUGCUUCCGCAAUUAGAAGAACGAAUGCAACAAUGGGAUAGUAAACCAAGGAUAGGAGAUAUUAUGAAGUUGCUGGCGCCCUUUUUACGGAUGUAUUCCGAUUACGUUGGGAAUUUUGACAAUGCCAUGAAACAAUUACAAAUCUGGACAUCAAAGUCAACUAAAUUUGCAGCUAUGAUUCAACAAAUACAGGCCGAUCCAAUGUGCCAUCAGCUGUCAUUACAGCAUCAUAUGUUAGAACCAGUUCAGAGGGUGCCAAGGUACCAAUUAUUACUCAAAGAUUAUCUUAAGAAACUUCCAGAGGAUUCAGAAGAUAAAACUGAUGCUGAAAAAGCGCUUGACUUAAUCUCCGCAGCAGCUCAACAUUCCAAUAAUUUCAUGAAGAGCAUGGAUAAAUUCCAGAAACUUCUGAAAAUCAACCAGAUGUUAGAUGGUGAAGACAUCAUCGAUCCCACAAGAGAGUUCUUAAAGGAAGGAAAGAUCACAAAAAUAGCAGCACGAAGUGGAGAUCAGCAGGAUCGUUAUUUAUUCCUGUUUAAUGAUGUGCUGAUCUGUGCGCAGAAUCGCAAGUUAAUAGGUGGUGCUGCAAGUUACAAGGUGAAGGCACGGUUAGACAUCGAUGGCAUGAAGAUAUUUGAUGGAGAGAACAGCCGGUAUGACCAUACGUUUCGGCUGGAGAGCAAACAGAAGACUCUAGAGCUACAAGGCUACUCAGAUGAAGAAAAGGAAGCAUGGAUGAGGGCGAUAGUUGGUGCAAUACAAGAACAUUUAAGAAGGAAGGAGACAUUUAAGACUUUAUCAGUUGAUAAAGAGGAACCUGAGAGUCCUCUAUCUACUGGACCUGUUGAUGGGGAAGUUCCACUUGGUUCACGAGCUCCCCGAUGGGUACGCGAUGAUGAAGCAACAAUGUGUAUGCGAUGUGCCUUGGAUUUUGGAUUAACAAGAAGAAGGCAU